AUGGAGCACGCAACGCCCAUGUCGUGGCCUGAGCAGCUACAUGAGAGUACUCUCAUAACUGCGCCGGGGGAAGAUGAAUUCUCCAACUUUCUCGAGUUCGAUAUGCAUUUCUCCGACCUGGAAGGGCACGGACCAGGACAUUCUCAGAUGCAGGACCAGCAACAUGCAAUGGGACAUCCUUCCACCACUGUGCCUUCAACUAUGGCCGGGGAUCCGCGAUCUCACCCAUAUGCGACUCCAAUGGAGGGUCUCGCCAUGGAUUUCGGUCACCAAGUCCAAUCCCAGCCUCCUAUGCCUUACACCACAACCCCGAACAUGACCCCAGGCUUUUGCGCCCAGGAUGCCUCUCACUCGUCGAUGUCACAACAGCCACCUCCGGGCCAGCACUACAUGCAUGGUCAACCAAUGAUCCCUCCGACCCCGAAUAGUAUGGAAUUGCACGGUACUGCGGCUCGGUAUUCCCAGCGCAUGGACGAUAACCCGGAGAUGUACGAUCAUCGAUACUCGCGUGUUGCUGAGGAUCAGGCAUUGUACACCCCCCUCGUGUCGCCUGCGAUGACCCCACUGGAGAAUCAAUUUCAAUUGGACGCAUUUACGGUUCCUGGAGAAUACAGCAUUACACCACUUACAUCCCCCGCGCUCGAGGCUCAAAAUCACUCUACAAAUGGCUAUUAUCAUUCAAGACAGGUGUCAGAUGUUGGGUUUGUGCCUACUAGUGCCGAAAUCAACCCGCUGGCAGGUACUUCUGCACCAGGCUCUCCAAGCAUCAUUCGCAAGACCAACCGCCGACGACCCUCAACCGCUUCUCGUCUCUCAGGCCGAAGCAAAGUCAAGCAGUCGCCUUCUAUCCGGGCGCAGACACAGCGCAGGGGGAAACAAGUUCCUAAUUCAGAGGAGUUCUAUAACAGCCUGACCCAGGAGUUGAACAAGCCGCAGAACAACGAUGUGCGCUCACUUCAGGCCAGCAGCAAUGAGGGUUCGGGUCAGGAUUCAGUGUCUCCUGAACCUCUCUCAGAACCGCUGAUGCUUCCUCCGGCUCUCCCUUCCUCGCGAAAGUCUCCUGCUAUCGCCCCUCAACCAGCCCAGCCUCUUAGUGCGGCCGCAACCCCAGCAACUCUGAUGCGCAUUCAGCGAUCGCAGCAUGUUCAAGACUCAGGUCAGUUCAUGGGCCGAGCUCAGCUUGAAUACCAUGAUGAGACCAUGGAGGAUAUCUCUCUUCCCGAGGCGGCGGCGACAACACUACACUCGCGUCCUAAGAUCAACCGCAUCGAUACCAGUUUCCGUCCUGGCACAGCCAGCCCCGCCAUCUCCGCAAAUGUGACCCCUUCAUUAGAACCCCGUUCUGCCCCACUGAAUGGCUCCAUUCCCAUCAGCCCCCGCACGGCUGCAAUGCCAUCUCCUAGUGGGCCGCUUCCGAAGAGAUCAGAUCCAUCCCGAUCUUCAAUUUCCAGCCGGAAACGACUGAGUGUGUCUUCCACACAAGCUAGUCCACAGUUGCGGCCAAAGAUUAGCCCUAAUAUUCAGCCCUUGAUGCGGGCCGGUGACAACUUUUCUCAGGAUGCUCUUUUAGCCUCCAAAUCCAAUUAUCAGCACAUUCUUGAUGGCACAUUGCCCUCCGGAGUGUCCUACCCAGAGACCCUCGCCGAGAAUCUUAGUUCCAAGCGAACAAAUCACAAGCUCGCAGAACAAGGCCGACGAAACCGAAUAAACAGUGCUCUCAAGGAAAUCGAAGCCUUGAUCCCGUCAGAGUUCAUCCAGGCCCGACUAGCCAAAGAGGCUGCGAUUACAGGCAUUAAGCCUUCUGACAAGGAGAAAGAAAAACCAGCCAAUCAAGCUAUUAGCAAGGCUAGUGCGGUGGAGAUGGCCAUUGACUAUAUCAAGGCUUUGCAAAAGAACCUGGAUUCCACUUCUGCCAAGUUGAAAGCCACUGAAGCUAAAUUAGCUGGUGUCAAUCUGAAGGACGAAACCGCCACUACCCCAAUUGCGAGCACUGAAACAGCUGCUAGCGAGAUCACUGUGCCGAAGUCUGAGAUGGAAACUCAGUGA